GCAACUUUGUCUACAGUGAAUACUGCUCAUAAAACUGCUUUGUCUACAGUGAAUACUGCUCACAGAGCAACUUUGCCUACAGUGAAUACUGCUCACAGAACAGCUUUGUCUACAGUGAAUACUGCUCAUAAAGCAACUUUGUCUACAGUGAAUACUGCUCACAUAAUGCCACCAAGUAGUGAAGCAACUUUGUCUACAGUGAAUACUGCUCACAUAAUGCGACUAAGUAGUGGAGCAACUUUGUCUACAGUGAAUACUGUUCAGAAGCAUUGUAACUUGGUGAACUUCCAGAAUGUCACUUCAUUACAACAAACAAUGGUUGAUGAUACAUCUAAAAGUGGUCACACGUUCCCUCAUCCAGCAAAUAAAGUUGUUGAAUCCCAAAGUUAUUUUGCCAAAGGAGAAAAAAUUGAGUAUCUGUGUCAGUCAUCAAACAAAGAAGAAAGUAACCAGAAGGCCCAGGAAAAGGGUACCAUUUCCUAGGCCAGUGUUGGAUGCUGAAACUCGAGACAAGUAUUUUGCUCCUCUUCAACUUGAUUGGGUACGAUAUUAGUGAAACGCAGCACUACAAAACAACAAGUGUUUGAUGUAUACUAUCAUCCACCCAGAGGUCGGAAGCUUCGGUCUUCUGUGGAAGUUGGCAAAUAUUUGAUAGAUAACAAUGUGAGACACCUGACCUUGGAGAACUUCACAUUCUACAGACGUCUCCUGGGAUUCGGCGAACCAUUUGAAAUAUUUCGGAAUGCUCAAUUCAGCUUUAGAUUCCACAAACCAAAGCAGUUACAAGAUGUAAAGACGACUCCUCUCAUUAUAGAGGCAAACACAACUUCAAAAAGUAGAGAAAAGGAAAACAAGCAUUCAGGCUCUUCUGCAACUAUGAAGCCAACUAAUGUGCAGUGUGAACAUCACCAGAACAUCUCACAUGAAGGAAAUGCCAAUGAUCAAACUGAUGAAUUUGAAGUUGCCAUGGAGAUUGGAGAAACAACAGGAUAUGAAGACUGGAUACCACUUAUUCAAUGCAAACCAGAGGAUUGUGAAAACUGGUUUAAAGAUAAAAAUAAACUUUCUGAAGAAAAAUCACAAUUCUCAGAGCUGACUACCAAGACCAAAAGGGAGAACAUAUUAGAACACCCUGAAGAUGAUGAUUUGAGAAAUGUUGAGGAGAACAAAAACAUUCAUUGUGAUGACAUGUAUGAUAGACUUAAAGAAAUAAGUACUAUACCUGAACAUGACUUAGAUGAGGUAAAAGUUAAAGUGGAAAUAGUUAGCCCACUAAAACAUAACUCUGUUACAAGCAACAUGUUUGGAAGUAAGAAAGAAGUAUUCAAUUCGCCAAUUGAUAUAAAAUAUGAACCCUUGUUUACUUCUCCAGUUCAUAACAACGAAGAGGAAUAUUUUGCUUUAAGUGAAGAUAUUUUGGUAAAUAAGAUAGAUUUAUUGGGUGAACAUGAUAUAAAUAUUCCUGUAAUAUCAAAAGUUCAAAGUGGAAAGGAGGCAGAAGAAUUAUUCCCAACUUUAGUAGAACCUCUUCAACUAUGGUAUGAUCCAACAAAGGCAAAAUCAGCGAAGAAAGUUGAAACAAGAAAUGAAAGGUCAUUAAACAAAUUAUGGAAAGAAGUUUCUUCCAAUAGUGUAACAGGUUCAGGGUAUGCUCCACCUAGUAAAAAAUUUAAAACAAAUUUUGAAGCAAAACAUAAAAGUUUACCAAACAAAGUAUGCAAUAGUGUGUCUUUAAAUGCUUCAGCAGGUUCAAAAGUUACAUUGUCUGUAGAAUCCCAGUAUGUUCCUAAAGUUACUGAAACAGCUGCACAAGAACCUCAAGUUUUGUAUCGUGGAGAAGGCAGCAUUAACCCAAGCUGUAGUACACCACAAGCAAGGAUGGCUAAUCGUACAAGUAAAGCUGGUAUUGUGAAUAGAGAAAUAAAUCCCGAAUCAACAGAGUCAAUGAAAGUAGACCUCAAGUCAUUUAGAAUAGAGGAGAUAAGAAAUGCAGAUCUAAGGGCAUUUAGGAAAACAAGGAUGACCAUGGCACCUAGGACAAUGACAUUAACUGGACAGAUUUAUGAAAGAUCAAAACAAGCAGUGACAAAACUACAGCAAGAAGUAAACAACAUUUCACAACAGUCAUCUGAACCAAGUAGACACAAAAUUGAUCUAACUCAACAGCAAGAAGUAAACAACAUUUCACAACAGUCACCUGAACCAAGUAGACACAAAAUUGAUCUAACUCAACAGCAAGAAGUAAACAACAUUUCACAACAGUCAUCUGAACCAAGUAGACACAUAACUGGUUUAACUCAACAGCAAGAAGUAAACAACAUUUCACAACAGUCAUCUGAACCAAGUAGAGACAUAAUUGAUUUAACUCAACAGCAAGAAGUAAACAACAUUUCACAACAGUCAUCUGAACCAAGUAGACACAAAAUUGGUUUAACUCAACAGCAAGAAGUAAACAACAUUUCACAACAGUCAUCUGAACCAAGUAGAGACAUAAUUGAUCUAACUCAAAAUCAAUCGGUAUCAAGUGGACACACUAGAAACUCAACACUUCAGCCAUCAACAUCAAGUGGACAUGCUCAAAACUCAACACUUCAGCCAUCAACAUCAAGUGGACACACUAGAAACUUAACACUUCAGCCAUCAACAUCAAGUGGACACACUAGAAACUCAACACUUCAGCCAUCAACAUCAAGUGGACACACUAGAAACUCAACACUUCAGCCAUCAACAUCAAGUGGACACACUAGAAACUCAACACUUCAGCCAUCAACAUCAAGUGGACACACUAGAAACUCAACACUUCAGCCAUCAACAUCAAGUGGACACACUAGAAACUCAACACUUCAGCCAUCAACAUCAAGUGGACACACUAGAAACUCAACACUUCAGCCAUCAACAUCAAGUGGACAUGCUCAAAACUCAACACUUCAGCCAUCAACAUCAAGUGGACACACUAGAAACUUAACACUUCAGCCAUCAACAUCAAGUGGACACACUAGAAACUCAACACUUCAGCCAUCAACAUCAAGUGGACACGCUCAAAACUCAACACUUCAGCCAUCAACAUCAAGUGGACACACUAGAAACUCAACACUUCAGCCAUCAACAUCAAGUGGACACACUAGAAACUCAACACUUCAGCCAUCAACAUCAAGUGGACACACUAGAAACACAUCAAAACUCAACACUUCAGCCAUCAACAUCAACACGCUCAAAACUCAACACUUCAGCCAUCAACAUCAAGUGGACACGCUCAAAACUCAACACUUCAGCCAUCAACAUCAAAUGGACACACUAGAAACUUAA